UGUCGGACAAUUAUUGUAGAUGGAACCAAAGGCAACAGUUGACGCACAAAGAUCGGUUGUGUGACUUCGGUUUCUGACUUCCAACCCCUUUAAAACCGUUACUUUGACUUCGGUCACAGUAUUACAGGUUCUCUGACUGUAAUGUAACUGCAGACAGCUCGCAGUAUGGACGGAGGUGUCUCCGAGUUACCUGGCCCCUCUCUUCCCCUCUCUGCUCUGCGGCUCCUGGUCUCACCGAUUCGGCUGGUUUCUGCAGCCAUCUGGCAGACUGUGGAGCAGAAGGUUGUGUCAGACUAUGGGCUGCUUGAGGAGUUUGUGUUUAUGGUCACGGAAAUUGUUCCUCAGCUUCUCUCUACGAGGCAGCGCGCUGAACUUGUCUUGGGACUCAGAGCACGAUUGAUCCUGGAGCUGUGUCGUUCUGAUGAGACCGCCGACCUGCAAGUUAUUAAACCACAUCUCGACCGGAUGCAGAAGCUCCGGUCACUGUGGAGCAUGGAGAAUGCUGAACCGGUGUCAGAUUCUCAUUUCAUGGGCCUAGUCCAGAAUCUGCUGAGAGAUCCUGAAGAGAGAAGAAAUUUCUUCACGGAUGUUUUCCCUGGAGACUUUGGUCCGACAUAUGACAAAGCAAUCCAGACACUGAUGUGGUUGUUUCUGUCAAGACUGGAAAAGCUUCUUCCAACCAAAACUCUCCAACAGAUUGCCUCUCUGCUCAACGACACAUCAUCUGUUCUGAAUGAAUGCAUGGGGGCUUUCUCUCAGCCUCAGGAGCUCAAAGUCUUGCUUGACAAUCAAAAAGAUCUCAGCCAAUUAGAGGACAUUGAGUCUUUCAUCGUUGACAGUGGCAUCUUGUCUGCCCUGUGUCUCCCUCCUGUGGAAAGAGUCGUGAUUGUCAAUGAGCAAACUGAAACGGAUGCAGAGAGCAGUCUCGUGUAUACUGUCUGCACAGAGAUGGAGGUGGAAUCUGAGAACAAAGAGUUGUAUGUGGAGGGGGCUGGGAACUCUGAGGAGUGUGUGCAACCUGAGUGGUUUGGCCUCACUGGUGAGGUAAAACCAGAAAUUGAUGCAGUGGUAGUUACAGAUACUGUGGAAGGCACUGAGGCCAGUGAGAGCGAAAUGGCAGAGGACCGCAAUGACAACCAAUCAGGAACACUGAUCAUCGGCGAGGAUGGCCAGGUGACAGUGCUGGAUGGUGUGGAGAAAAAGUCAAACGGAGGUGGAAGAAAAAAGAAACGUUCUGUAGAUCAAGACUUUGAAGCGGAAAGUGCAGUGACGGGCAAAAAAGAAGCAACAGAAAGUGACGCACUUUUAGAAAGAUCAGUGCGUAAGAACAGAGGGCUCAAGAUGAAACGGUACUUGUCGCAGUGGAGGAAAUCUGGGAAGACGCCGGGUUCAGGUACGACCAGCAGUGGACCCAAAAAGUUUGCCGGGCCCCAAGGUUCAGCCAAAAGCAACGACUUGGAUGAGAGAACCUGUAAAGUCUGCAGCAAGGUGGUGAGUCAUGCCAAGUUCUUGCAGCGACACAUGAGUCAGCACUCCGAGGAGCUGCCCAUUACAUGUCCUUCAUGCAAAAAGCUUUACAAGAGCUUACGUUCCUUGCAGCAGCACAGAUGUGCAAGUAUGACAAAGGCAAAGGCUGUUAGGAAAGCCAAGGAGCAAGACACCCCAGCAGACGAAGGUGAACAGUCAUCAAGUGGGGUUCCUUGUGACGACACAAAUGAAGAGCAGCCAGUUGACAACACCACCCAGGAUCCUGAUUACUCUCCCCCUGCAGAGAGGGCUUCCAAAGAACCAGGGCAGAAGAGCCCUGAAGAACAGAAGAGUGUGUUAGAGGGUCCAUUCUACUGUCCUCACUGCAGUGUCGAGUUCAAGUGCAAACAAACAUUUAGGUUCCAUUUAAGAAACAUUUGCUACAAUGAGCAGCAGGUGGACCCUGAGAAGCCUGAUGAUGUUAAGCAUUGUUUCAGGUGUGAUGAAUGUGACAAGGCGUUCAGAUACAAAUCAACUUUGGAUUCCCACAAACAGACUCACAACCCGCUCUACUGUGAGGUGUGUAUGAAACUGGUACGUGACUCAGAAGCAUUGGCCAUGCACAAAGAAUCCCACACACCUUUUCAGUGUAACCGUUGUGAGGAGAACUUCCCAGUGUUCAAGGCCCUUCAUAAGCACUACAUCGACGUCCACAACCCCACCGAGCCAUUUACCUGCUCCCACUGUCAGACUACGUUUUCCAGUUUGAAGCGUUUCAUUAGACAUGAGUGGAAGCACACGGGUUACCAACCAUUUCAGUGCUCCCAUUGUAGUAAAAGAUUCCGUUCAUACUCUGACCUUGUGGAGCACCAGAAAAAACACACUAAGGCAUACCCAUUCCUGUGCUGGGAGUGCGGCAAGAAAUUCCGGCAUGGCAUCACGCUGACGAGGCAUGUGGAGCGUGUACAUCACUCCGGCGAACCCGUGACUGAAAAACCCACACCGAUCUUUACCUGCCCUCAGUGCGGGAAGACGUUCACUUCAAGAAGGUGCCUCCUGAAGCAUGACAAUUUUCAUCACAAAGGGCUGCGCUUCCCGUGUGAGCACUGUGGGAAGGGCUUCUUUGGCAAGGACGCGUUGGUGAGGCACACUUUGAUACACACGGGCGAAAGGCCUUUCAAGUGCGACGACUGUGAUAAAUCAUUUAGAUCUGCGGCAGAAUUAAAGAUACACAGGAGAUACCACACUGGAGAAAGGCCAUUUAAGUGCAACAUCUGUGAAAAGGGCUUUGUUCAAUCUUGCUUUCUUACUUUACACAUGCGAACCCACACUGGAGAAAGGCCAUAUGUUUGUGCAGUGUGCAAUAAGGGGUUUUCAAGCCUGCAUGGCUUAAAACGACACAGGAGACUUGUUCAUGCAUAGAUCAUUGUGACAUAAUACAUAUUUCCAAAAGGAUUUUCAGCAUAACCAGCCCAUGCUGAAGAAUGUUGGUGUUAGGUGUAGACCAGAACUUUGCAAAGAGUGAAGAGCUGAUGAUUUGACCUAUCACUGAAAGGACAACUUUGUUGAUACUGAAGAGAAGAGAUGGACUAAGUUUUCCAGUUGAAGGACAUUUUCUGUAAAAUAUAAGCCUUAUUGCUCUUCCUAUGGCUAGCACAGCUUUGGAUUGCUAGAAUGUGUGUAAUUGCGUUGUGCAUUAUGAAAAUGUAACUUUGAAUUUUUUACAGAAACAUUUGUUGUUCUACAUAAGAUUUGUAUGUAUAAAUGGGAUGACCCAUAUUACUCCCAUAUUAUACCCCUUCUGAGAAGUUUUCAUUUUUUUCGCCUCUUUAUUCUGGGUUUUGAGCUCUGCUUUAGCAAGUGCAGCUUUAAGAUGAAUUAGAAAUGCAGUUGCCUAUGCAUGUUUCAGGGGAAGGAAACACAACACCCACACCCAAUCACUGUUUAUUAGUUAACUCUUCUUUUUUUUUUUUUUCUCACAGUUUCUAAUAUUUUGCUAUCCCUGUUUUUCCCACAUAGCUGUGGCCUGUGUGUGUUUAAACCAAACUGAUAUUAGGAUUAGCAACUUGCCUUGCUAAUGUGAUUUUUUUUCUUCUUCUUUUUUUUCUUUUCUCAUUUUGUAGUGGUGACAUGCGAACAGAAAAUAAAUGUAAGCCAGUGAGUGUUUAGGUAUCACACAGGGUUAGGUUACUAGGUUAUUUGGAGGAUUACUUGUCACACAACCCUCACACAACAUCACAUCACACAACACAGCCUUUGGUUUACAGCUGUUUGACAUAUUAAAACAAACACAGAAAGACACAC